AUGCCUAGAUUUGUUGACAUAGUACAUGAAGCCCCUCUGUCUGGUCAGCGCCAGUCUCGAAGUGUAGUUGGUGGCACUCUCUACUGUAUAUUAUUGGCAAGUUAUGCUGGUCUUGCGAUAGCAGCUCCAUGGAUAUUUGUCCUUAUACCAGACAUCAUCCUUCCGUUGCUAUGCAGCUGCAAUGUUCUCCUUCUAAUUGUUACAGGCAUAUUCCAGCAGUAUUGGGUUCAUCAGGUCAAAAAGGUGCGAUUACAGGGAUAUUAUGAUUUAAGUCAGAAACUGAAGCAUAUUGCUAGUAUUCCAUUUGCCACUAUUGCAUGUGGUACUGCCGUGAUGCUCUUAAUUUUAGUUUGGCAGCCUGAAUUAAAAAUAUUAUCAAUUUCAGUUUUGCUCAGGAUUGCUCUGGUCAUUGAAGUGAUAUGCGCUGGAUGCUUCAUGAGCCUAUACAUAGGGCACAUCCAUAAAUACAACUCUCUGAAUGAGCAGCCUGAUAUUCUACAACCACUUUAUUCUGCACUGCGACCAUCUAGUUCAUUUGAAGAGCCGAGGUACUAUGAUACUCGCCUUUCUGACCAACAAAUGGCAUUGCUCCAGUACCAGAGGGACAAUAUUCACUACCUGAGUGAAGAGGUUCUUAGGUUGCAAGAAUGCUUAAGCAAGUACCAUAGAAGUGUUUCUGCAAGCACUCCUCAGGUUGAUCUUGCUCACCUAUUAGCGUCUCGUGAUCAAGAACUUCGAGCAUUGUCUGCAGAGAUGAAUCAAGUGCAUUCAGAGCUUCAUAUUGCUCGUGGUUUAAUUGCUGAGAAGGACUCGGAGAUCCAGCAUAUCCGUUCGAACAACAAUCAAUAUGUUGAAGAAAACGAGAGGCUGAGAGCAAUUCUUGGUGAAUGGAGUGCUCGAGCAGCAAAGCUGGAGCGAGCUCUUGAGGCCGAGAGGGUGUCGAACAUCGAACUGCAGAAGAAGCGCGCAAAACAGAGGCCAACCAACCAAGGAGAAAAGACCUGAUCAUAUUCCUCAGUUUGCUCUCUAACAAACAAAACCUUAUGAUGCUGUAACUAUGAUUGGCAGAAGACGCAAUUAGGUGAACUUUGCCGCGACGUGUGUGUAGGGCUGGAGUUCUCAGAUAUGAGAGAUCAGUAACGGUUGUACAUUAAUGUCAGAGACAACAUAAGGAACAGCUAUACUUGUGAAUGUUUGUGGAGAUUAAGGGGAAGGGUAGAACUUGACUGAUGCAAAAGACUGAGAAGUGUAGGAAGUUGCUGGUUUGAUGGAAUAUACGAUCUGUUUGUUUGCUGUUGCCUAUGGGAACCUAUGUAAACAUCUA